AGUCCUAAACCCAACCCUUUCUGAACAGACAUAAAAGAAACUGAAGCAUUACUUCUGUAUAGUCAUUCAGCUCCUGACACAAGAUGAAUCUGCAGGUCUCCGUCCUUCUUCUUUUCAUUUCUCUCACUGGAGGUUAUUCUCUCAAGUGUUACCUCUGCACAUCUGUUUUGACGGGUUCCUGUGGAGUAAAUGUGACAUGUCCAGAUGGACUUGCUACAUGUUUCAGCACUACGGUUGGAACACCCAUCGGUUCCUCCACAACUAAAGGGUGCAUAGCUCAAUGUGUACCAGGGACUGUAGAGGUUUUCGGAGUGAAAACGACUACGAGCUGCUGUAACACUGAUCUUUGCAAUGCUGCAGAUGGAGUGUAUAAGGGAAGCUUCCUCUUGCUGGUGUCUCCUCUGCUCUUCUACUUCCUGUUUCAGUGAGUUCAGCUGAACUUCAGAUUCUUCAGCAAAGACCAUCAAACAAACUCAAUAUGAGACACAAUCUGAAUAAAGCUUGUUUGUUGCUGUGCUGUUCUUUGGUGUAAGGAACUGAAAAUCUGUACUUUUUUAACAUUACAAAAUAACUGCAUUAAAACUACCACAUUAAUUUUCUUUGCAUAAAUGAAAAGUUAUUAUAGAAUGU